AGGCCUCAGUGGCCACAGGUAUAGAACUAGAUCUUUGACCUUCCUCAUCAACUUGCUAAAAUUCACACAACAAAAGGAAGAUAAAAGGCUGAAUUAUGUCAUUUCAUUGGGUUCAUGAUCAUAUGAAUUGAACUUAGCUAAAGUUUUAUUUCCACAUAAAUUCUUAAGGGAUAUGAUUAUGAUCCUAUACAAUUAGUAUACAUGAGAUAUUGGUGAAGCCCAUGGAAGAAAUACUAGCACCCAACUCCGCAAUUUCAAGUAACAAUAACAGUAACGGUAACAGUAAUCUCUCGAAGCCCUCUUCAAGUUCUUCAUCUUUCGAAAGACGGGCAAGACCACAAAAGGCAGCCGCAGUAAACUGUCCCAGAUGUGAUUCGACGAACACAAAGUUCUGUUACUACAACAAUUAUAGUCUUUCGCAACCGCGAUACUUUUGCAAGACUUGUAGAAGGUAUUGGACUGAAGGUGGAACACUUAGAAACAUUCCUGUUGGUGGUGGAUCAAGAAAGAACAAGAGAUCAUCAGCAUCAACAACAACUUCUAGUACUUCGUCUUAUUCUUCAGUGGCAAAACCAACACUUCCUGAUCUAGUUGUACCUUCCAUAUCUACAGCUGUACUAUCUCAAAACCCUAGGAUCCAUCAUGACCAAUAUGGUCAAGAUCUAAAUUUAGGGUUUCUCCAAGUACCCAACUUUGAUGCCACCAAGAAUACAAAUUCUUCUGUUUCUACUACUACCACAACAACUAAUACUCAGCUUUCGGCUUUGGAGCUCUUGACUGGAAUUACAUCAAGGGGUACAACGAGUUCGUUCAUGCCUAUUCCGGACCCUAAUUCGGUUUAUACACCCUCGGGGCAGUUGAUGAUGCCCAUGUCAGAAUUCAAGAUUCCAUCAUCACUUAGUUUUUCUUUAGAUGGAAUGGGAAGUGGUAAUGGUGGGAGGCUUUUGUUCCCGUUUGAAGAGUUGAAAACAAACACAUCAGCAACUCAUGAUGAUGAUCCUCAUGUUGGGCAAAAUAAAGAUCAGAAUUGUGAUUCCAUUGGGUUCUGGAAUGGAAUGAUGGGUGGAGGCUCAUGGUAAAGAAAUUAUAUAUAUUCUUAUAUAUAUCUAUUUAUAUUAUAGUUUUAAACUAAAGGUGUUGGGGAUUUGGUUCUUUCUUUCAUUUAAAAUCUUGAUUUUUCUAGUAUCAAAGUGGUGUGAGUGAUGAUGACUUGUUUGGAUUUCUUGAAAAUUAAAGACUAACUUGAUAGGAUCAAAGAAGUGGUUUUCUUCAAUUCGGUUUGAUUAUAUAAUCUCAUAUUCACUUUGGGUACUAGAAGGAGCUAGCAGGGAAAUUACCUAAUUGAUGUCAUAAUGUUAUUGGUAGAUUGGGGAUUUGGGUACAUAUUUUAAUGCAUUGUGUACAACUUAUUAUUGUAUGUUGUUGAAUUUCUUAUUAUAUGCAAUUCUCCUUUCCAACCUU